GUCGCAGCCGCCCGCCUACAAAGCCACAGGCAGGUGCAGGCGCAGCCGCUGCGCCAGCCGGCAGAGCGGAGCCGUUAGCGCGCGCCGUCCUUGUGUCCGUCCGUUCGUCAAGCGGGGCGUCAGUCCGUCGGCUGCACCGCGGCUCCAGCCCAGGCCCCAGCGGCCCCGGCCCCUAGUCGUCCCGCACGUGGAGCCGCCCGGCAGAGCCGGCUUUGGCGCGGCAGCCAUGUCCAUGGGCCUGGAGAUCGCGGGCACCUCGCUGGCCGUGCUGGGCUGGCUGUGCACCAUCGUGUGCUGCGCGCUGCCCAUGUGGCGCGUGACGGCCUUCAUCGGCAGCAGCAUCAUCACGGCGCAGAUCACCUGGGAGGGCCUGUGGAUGAACUGCGUGGUGCAGAGCACCGGCCAGAUGCAGUGCAAGGUGUACGACUCUCUGCUGGCGCUGCCGCAGGACCUGCAGGCUGCCCGCGCCCUCAUCGUCAUCGCCAUCCUACUGGCCGUCUUCGGGCUCCUCGUGGCGCUCGUGGGCGCCCAGUGCACCAACUGUGUGCAGGACGACACGGCCAAGGCCAAGAUCACCAUCGUGGCGGGCGUGCUCUUCCUGCUGGCCGCCCUGCUGACCCUCGUCCCGGUGUCCUGGUCGGCCAACACCAUCAUCCGGGACUUCUACAACCCCUUGGUGCCCGAGGCUCAGAAGCGCGAGAUGGGCUCCGCCCUGUACGUGGGUUGGGCGGCGUCCGCGCUGCAGCUGCUGGGGGGUGCGCUGCUCUGCUGCUCCUGCCCGCCGCGCGACAAGUUCGCGCCGACCAAGAUCGUCUACUCGGCGCCGCGCUCCACCGCGCCCGGCACGGGCACCGGCACGGCCUACGACCGCAAGGACUACGUCUGAUGGGGCGGCCGCGGGAAGCCCCGACCACUCCCACAAGCUGGCGCGCCCACCGGUCGGUCUGCAACCUUGCAUCGGAGACCAGCCCCCGCCCCCCAGACGCCAGGCUGCUCCCUCACUGGACUGGGAGGGGCCCGCCCGGCGCCCCCUUCCCCAGCAGCUAGCCCUCCUCGGCCUGGGGAACGGGAUUGUGGAGCCCAAGGGCCGGCCAGCACGAACCUUUGAAAUCUUGCCCCUCUGGUGCGCGGAACUGGGGUGACCACCGCUACUUGCCCGCCCAGUCGGACUGUGGCCACGAAGUUCUCUUUGCGCAGGGACCCGCAGCUUUGAAAAGGGGCCACUUGAUAUUUUUCAAUAAAAACCUUUCGUUUUGCA